AUGGUUGCGCUGGAAGAUGCAAAGGUUCUUCCUCAGACUGUGACGUUGGGUAUUUGGUGGAAGGAAAGUACGAGACUAGAUGGGCUUUCCAGCGAGGAGGUGGAGAAACUCAAGAUAGCUGUUUUGACGCAGUUGAAAAAGGCGAUUACGCCUGUUCAAGUGGUUUGUAGAGGUGCCUUGUAG